GCUGUCAUUUCCCCCUUCAGACUGACGGGCAGAGGUAGGGGGAGAUCAAGAAUAGGGUGGUUUAACUCAUGGGACAUGGAGUGAGGGGUGAACUGUGCAGCUUGUCGGGCAGGACUUGAUGAUUACACUCAACAGAUCUCGGAAGACUUGCACACUAUGUUUUGCGGAGACGUUGCACACUCGUGGGGAAAGGUUAAAAAAGACUGAAAAGUCAGAGAACAUCAGGAAAAGGAGGGGGAGAAGCAGGGCCGUCACUUCCAAGAGACAAGUCAAGGGAGCUGGUAAUGCAACAUGAUCCGUUGGGUCUUGCCCUAAAAAUACCUCUGGGCAGGAGAGUGGAAGCUAUCUCUAUCUGCCUAAUUACACGGCGAUCGACAAUUUCUGUUUCUUCUUCGAGCAACAGCUGAGGUCAGAGAACAACAAGCAGAGGCGAAUUAGCAUCGCAGAUAUGUUUCUAAUAUGUUCAUUUUUCUUUAUUAAAAGAAACUUGCAGAUUAGGUCGUGUUCAAAAAUAUAUGUAAACCCUGUUCUUAGACUCGAAGGCCCUGACUGGAUUUAGUUUGAGAACACUACACGAGGGCCCACCUAGUGUCAUUCAAAUACAGUCCAGGUAGACAGUUACAGGAGUUACAGAAGUCACCGGAGGAGCUAAGCAAAUAGUUGAACCAUGAGAAAAAGUGAGGUGCAAAUGACCUUGAAAAAAGGGGCCGAUGAAGCAGUGGCACCACCGAGUCCCGUCAUCCCCCCAAAACGGUCCAAAGCGAGCCCGGAGCGAGUUGUCCCAGAACUUCGGGGAGCCGGUUAUCCCACCCCGUCUCCACCCGUUUUCGUACGCAAAAUGAGGAACGCCGCCGUGGGGACGGGUUGUGACAUCCGCCUCAAGGUGACGGUGGCUGGAGACCCCCAGCCUUCGCUCUACUGGUACCACAACGAGGACCUGGUCAACAUGGAGAACCAAGAGUACGGAGGGCUCUGGAUAAGGGACUGCAAACCCAAUGAUGCUGGACUCUACACCUGCAUUGCCAAUAAUCACCUGGGAGAAGCUCGGAGCAGCGCUGUGCUGGCUGUCUUGGAUCUGGGUGAAGAUUCUGAAACAACAGAGGAUGAAGAUGGAGGCCAAUUUGAGACCAAAGAAGAUAGUGGGGAUGUAGAGGACCAGGCUGUUCCUAAAGUGAUGGACAAAUGUGAAGAAGAUGACAAUAGAACACAUGGACAUGAGGAUCACUCAAGCAGGAACCAGUCGCUGGAAUUUUCAAGAGAAUGUCCUCAAGUCCUCCCACAUCCAUCUCCAAGGCUGAUCAAACGAACCCCUGCCUCUCCUAUUCCAAGUCGCUCUGGUUCAAGCACUCCUGUCAGCCUGCUAAAGAAAACUGUUGUCCCCACUGACUACCAAGACACAGUGCCUGGGGAGUUUGAAGAAAAAGUCAAGCAGCCAAAAUCGACUUCUCAAGGUACCACCCACGACUCCCGACCACAGACUCCCCUGAGUGAGUACUCCCGGAAAGAAUUCACCUCCAGACCUUCCCCAAAGCUUACAAGGGCGAGCUCAAAGGUAUUUGAGAAGGUCCGUGGCUUAGAGGAACGCAGGCGAAGUCUUGAUAUUCCAGAAGGAUCCAUCUCUGGAAGAUCCUGGGCAGGGUUCAAUCGUGCCGGAUCUGUCGAUUCAGAUGACGGAGGAAGCCGUUUGGGAAUUUCUAGAGAGAGUUCAAGGGAAGAUCUCAGGGAGGCUCUGAAAGAAGAUGCUGCUGAGCGUAGAUCUAUGUUCAGACAAAGAGCCGCUUCCUUGGAGGAGAAACCACGCUACUCCCAAAAAGUUCAAGACAUCGAAAACAAGUUCACCGAAGAGCUCCAGCGCAUUAAGAAACUUGUUGGAAAACCUCAUAUGAAGAAAUCUUUUUCAACUGAACAGCUCACCCUGAAGGGAAAGCAGCGGCAACCUUUCAGGAAAAUUGAACCUAUUCCUCCGCAAGUGCUACAAAAGCUCCAAGAAAGGGAACGUGUCCAGUGGGAAAAGAAACAGAGAGAAAACGAACAAGGUCAGCAACCAAUGCAGCAAACACCACAAGAACAGCAGAAACCCCUACCUCAAAAGACAGGCCCUGGUUCAGCACCUGUAACAAUCAGUAGAUUUGGAGAAGUCGCAGGCACCCCUGAGUCGAUGCAGUUAUCUGACUUACCAGGACAACGGUCGGUGAGAGGAUUAAACAGAGUCAGUCCCGCCACAGAAAUCAUCCAGCGAUCAUCAUCACCGGCACUAUACCAGCAACAAAGAGACGAGUCACCGAGCAGAAAUGUUGCAGAAAUGACAUUACGCAAGGUUGAGCGAAGGCCACCAAGUCCUCUUGUACAACGGGUAUCUCGAAUUCAAGAACCACCACACGUCCAAGAAUCUCCUGUUCAAACAUCACAAAAGGAUGAAACUACAGCGAAAAAGACACCAGUGGAAGUGGCGCUGAGGAAAAUUGAAAACAGACCUGAAAGCCCAUUGGUGCAAAAAAGAACCGUUGCCGUGCAAGACUUUACUCCUCAACCUCCUCAAAAACCCCUAAGAACACCUGUAACUCCGGUAGAUGACCAAAUGGAAGAGGAGGUAUCCAAACCAGGCCUUAAGAUUCCUACAAUUAUCGUUGAAGAUGAAAAAAUGGAAGAUGUUCCUGCGAAGACAAAGGAAUCUCCACAGGUGACUACAAGUGGACAGCAGCAGAAGACCAAAGGCAAGAACCGUCGCACAAGACCCAUGUCGCCAGAGUUAGAUUCUUCAGAUGAUUCUUAUGUGUCUGCUGGAGAAGAUCCAAUGGAGGCUCCUGUGUUUGAGUUUCCCCUCGUGGACACUGUAGCAUCUGCUGGUGCAGAUGUGCUUCUAAAAUGUGUAAUUGCCGCAACCCCUACACCUGAAGUGAUCUGGACUAAAGACAACACUAAAGUCACUGGCUUUGCCAAUUAUACAGUCAAAGUGGAGGGUGAACGACACAGUUUGCUCAUCAAAUCAGCAAAAAUAAGUGAUGGUGGAAAAUACUGUGUAACUGCUGUUAAUCAGGAGGGCAAAGCCUCCAGCAGUGCCACCCUCAUAGUUAAAGCAGAGUCUGUGCAGGAGCCAAAGGGAAACCUGGGCGUGCGUAUGGAUAUGAGCAGCCCCAUUACAUCUGAUGAAGAGUAUCUCAGUCCUCUGGAGGAAGCCAUGGAUUUUGAAGGGCCAGAGCUGAGGAGAACUAUUGAUUCACAGUUCAGGAAACCCCCUGCAUUCCUGGUAACAAUGAGCGAUCAAGCUGUUAUUGAAGGACAGGAAGUCAUCAUGUCCGUUCAAAUAAGUGGACAACCCAAACCCAUGCUCUAUUGGUUGAGGGACAGAGUUACCGUGAAAACAGGCCCACGUCACGUUGUACGUGAGAAGGAAGAUGGGACUUCUGAAAUGAUAAUCAAGUCUGCAGUGAAGUCAGACUCUGGGGUUUACAUUUGUCGGAUCAUUAAUGAGUACGGGACGAAGCAGUGUGAAGGACGGCUGGAGGUGAAAGCGCCACCAAUUGAGCCAGGUCUCGCUGUCAUCCGCCCGGUCAAGGACAUCACAGCCAAGGCUGGAGACACGGUUUUGUUUGAGUGUCACGUCAUCGGACCGAAGGACACUGAUGUGGACUGGCUCGCAGAUGGGAAACUCAUCCAGCCGGCACUGCUCAACUGUAAAAUGCACUUUGAUGGAAGAAAGUGUCGACUGCUGCUCAACUCCGUGCACGAGGAUGACAGCGGGACGUACAUGUGCAAGCUCAGCACAGCUAAAGAGGAGGUGACCUCAAGUGGCAAACUCAAAGUCCUUCCCUCCAUUGAGCCACUCUUUACUCGCAAGUUGGACAUUCUGGAGGUGAUCGAGGGGCGCAACGCUCGGUUUGACUGUAAAGUCAGUGGCACGCCAUCUCCUAAGGUCAUCUGGAGUCACUUCGACCAUCCACUGAUAGAAAGUGAGGACGUUCAUAUUCUUCAGGAGGGCGGCCGUCAUUCUCUGAUCAUUUCUCACGUGAGCAAUGAGGACGAGGGUUUCUAUACGGUCACGGCCCGUAACAGCCACGGUGAGGUGGAGAGCUCUGCUGAACUGUACAUACAGGAGCCACGGCCAGCCAUUUCCUCACAGAUGGCUAAGCUGGAGAAGAUGCCAUCAAUCCCUGAAGAGCCGGAGGUCCCAGAGAAUGAGGUGGAGCGUUUCACCAUGCCUGACUUCAUCAAACCUCUUUAUGACCUGGAUGUGAUUGAGGGAAAGGAAGCUGUGCUCAAAUGUAAAGUUGCUGGUUUGCCAUAUCCAACCAUUGUCUGGUUCCACAAUGGGAAAAGGAUUCAAAGCACAGAGGAUAGAAAGAUGACACAGUUUCGUGACGUCCACAGCCUGGUCAUCCGCUCCGUGUGCCACGCCCACGGUGGCGUCUACAAGAGUGUCAUCUCUAACAAAGUAGGCAAGGCCACCUGCUAUGCUCAUCUCUAUGUCACAGACAUCCUCCCUGACCCACCUGAUGGGACUCCGGUGAUUGAGUCCAUCACUGGGAAAACCAUCACCAUAAGCUGGAAGAAACCAAGGAGACUGGACCCUUCCAUUGAUCCCAGCUCACUCAUGUACGCCAUCCAACAGCAGGCCCUAGGCUCCAUCCAGUGGAUCAUCAUAGCCUCUGGCCUGAAGGAGACCACCUACACCAUUACCACGCUCUCCAAAGGUGUGCGCUAUGCUUUUAGGGUCCUGACGAUCACCUCCAAGGCCUUCAGCAAGCCCUCGCCUGCCACUGACCCUGUGCAGCUCCUGGACCGAGGUCCAUACCUUCAGGAGGCUCCAGUGAUCAUUGAUAAACCAGAAAUCGUAUAUGUGAUGGAAAACCAGUUAGUCACCAUCUCUAUCACCCUCAAUCAUGUCAACGCAGCAGUCAUCUGGAAAAGAAGAGGAGCUGUCCUGACAAACAAGCCAGGCCUGUAUGAGAUGACAAUGCCAGAUGACGACCAGCACAUGCUGAAGCUGCUGAAGGUGAAGAGCGCUGAUGUUGGAGAGAUGAUGUUUGUGGCCUCCAACAAGUACGGCAGUGACAGCUGCAACUUCACUGUGGAGAUGGCCGCUGCACCAACGUUUGAGACUAUUAUGGAGGACUUGGAUGUUUGUGUUGGGGAGACCCCCCGCUUUGCUGUGGUUGUGGAAGGCAAACCCAUUCCUGACAUCCUCUGGUUCAAGAAUGAUAUCCUACUGUCGGAGAGCUGUCAUUACACAUUUGUGUACGAUGACAAUGAAUGUUCCCUGGUGGUGUUAAAUGCUCGUCCAGAAGACUCUGGGGUGUACACCUGCACUGCUAGGAACUUAGCAGGAUCCGUAUCCUGUAAAGCUGAACUCACCGUUCAUGAAGCUAAAAGUAAGGAGAAUGCAAUGGAUGAUGAAGAGGAUUUUAUAAGGAAGAUGCGCAGGUUGACUGACUACUACAACAUCCACAAGGAAAUUGGAAGAGGUGCAUUUUCCUACGUGAAACAUGUGACACAGAAAUCGGACAAAAUGGAGUAUGCUGGAAAGUUUAUCUCCGCACGGGCCAAGAAGAAGGCCUCUGCUCUGAAAGAGAUGAAAAUGCUCUCCAAGCUGGACCAUGAGAGAGUCCUUUACUUUCAUGAUGCCUUUGAGAAGAAGAAUGCCGUCAUCAUCAUCACUGAAAUAUGCCACGAGGAGCUGCUUGACAGAUUUAUCAGGAAAUCUUCAAUAAUGGAGUCUGAUAUUCGUUCAUGUAUAAGACAACUGCUUGAGGGAAUUGACUACCUUCAUCAUCUAAACAUCAUACAUCUGGACAUCAAGCCUGACAACAUCCUCAUGGCAGACCCGCAUGCUGAUCAAAUUAGAAUCUGUGACUUUGGAAAUGCAGUGGAUUUUACACCUGAUGAAGCUCAGUACUGCAAAUAUGGCACCCCUGAAUUUGUUGCACCAGAGAUUGUCAAUCAGACGCCAGUUUCAAAGGCAACAGACAUAUGGCCCGUGGGAGUUAUAGCAUAUCUGUGUCUGACAGGUGUUUCUCCGUUUGCUGGGGAGAAUGACCGCACCUCUGUACUGAACAUCAGGAACUAUAAUGUGGCCUUUGAGGAGAGCAUGUUUGCUGACCUCUGCAGAGAGGCUAAAGGGUUCAUCAUUAAGUUGCUGGUAGCAGACAGGCUGAGACCUGAUACUCAGGAAUGUCUCAGACACCCCUGGUUCAAGACAUUAAGCAAGGGGAAGGCCAUAAAUACGGAAGCGUUAAAGAAAUUUGUAUCUCGCCGAAAAUGGCAGCGUUCUCUAAUCAGCUAUAAAUCAAAAAUGGUCAUGAGGUCCAUACCUGAGCUACUGAAUGAUUCGUCCAGCCAUAUCUCCAUUGCAGUUCCCAGGCACCUUAAGGAGGGCUUACCUUUGUCGUCAUCCUCUGAUUCUGAUGAAGACAUUGAUGAGCUGCCUUUUAUUCCAAUGCCACUUAAUAUGGAAUUCUCUGGAUCAAGGAUAUCACUGAAUGAUAUUCAGACCAAUGAAGAUGAACCAAGGAAGCAGAAUGGAACAAGUAAAUGGUCUGGGCCCCCUUCUGAGGUCCAGGAAGUAGAAAAGGAGAGUGACCACAAAGAAAUGGACAAAGAAGGACCUGAAGUAGCAAGUAAAGGCCGCCAUAGUAAAAGGUUAUCUCAAGACCAUGACAGAGGUUCUUCAGAUGAGGAAUCACCUGCUGAAUUGAAACAAAAGUCAGAGGUCUCUAGAAAACCGCUCAGGAGGGGUUCAAGCAUGGAGGGUGACAAACCAGAAGGUGGACGACAAAGAGGCGAGCUUAGACGUGGCGGCUCAGCUGACAGUGCAUUAACGCUUCGGAUUACACCAGAAGAAGGUGCUGGUGAAGGAAACCAAGAGGAAGGCAGAAGAGUUCUUAAAAAAGCUGUCUCCAUGGAACUACCAAAGAGGAGCACCAGCCCAGGAACUGCCAAAAUGAGUCAAGAAGACUAUGCUCUUAAACUUGAGCUGAUGAGACAGCGGCUGCUUCGUGGUGCCUCUGCAGACAACAAGAUGAGUGGACUGAGAGGACCUCUGUUGGAAACAUUAGGAAUGGGAGAUGAAAAGCGUGCAAUUUCCUCAGACCGCUACUCUCGUACCUCUCGUCUCGGCCCACCUCCACUAACUAGAGCUGCAUCCAGUGAUUUCCCAAGGGAUGAAGUUCCCAAACCAAAAGUAUUGCGCAAAAGUACUUCUUUCAGUCAGGGAGAUCCAGAACCCGUACCUUUACACCGCCGGUCUGGAGCUCCUCUGGAGAUUCCCUUGGCACAGGUAGAGGAGAGAAGACUGAAGGAGGCAAUAUCUAUGUCAGCCCUGACCGAGCAAAUUAAGUUAGACUCUCGUCCAGUGACUCCCAGGGAACCUUCACCAAAACCACAGACACCAGAGCUUGUUAUGCAGGAGAGUCCAUCCAAAACAGAGAGUGAGGAUUCAUUAAUGGAGAAGGAGACAAAGCCUGAAGAGAGUAUCAAUGAAAAGAUGGAUGGGCUGACUACAGAUAGUAAUUUUGAUGAGAGAUCAAGCACAAGUGGUUUCUCAGAGAAGGACAUGAGUAUUUCAGAAGAACCAAUGAUUGAAUCAGAAUGUAUGAGCCAGAGAAUUUCUACACCUCCUCCCAUGGCCCAAAGCUCUCAACUAGAUGAGAAAAUGGAAGAAGAAGAAGAAGGAGAAAAUAGGCAGGAAGAUAAGAAAGAGAUCGUGAGAGAAGAAGAGGAAAGAGUAGACAGUGUUGUUGAAUCAAAUACUGAAGUUAUUGAAGAAAGCGUAGGAGAAGAAGUCAAUAUCAAUGUGAAAUCCUCUGAGAUGACCAUGAGCACAAGCUCAGUUAUGGUGACACCAACACAAGCUUAUUCGCAUUCCCCAGGAACUGUUGUCUCAUCAUUGGUUACGCCCCUCCUUCCCGCACGUGUUGUUCUUCCAGAUGGAAGGACUUCAGCAUAUGCCAGUAUUAUGCAGACCAUCAUGGUCCCUUCACAAAAUGUUGGUAGUGACCCACAGUUAGGACCCUCAAAACCUGUGAUUUUUCCAGGUACUUCAUCAUCCUCAGUAUCAACUGGCACAUCUUUACCUGCCAGCACAUCCUCCGAUUUACCCAGUCCAAAACUAGUCGUCACGUCAACCACUGAGCACCCUGCUGUAUACUCCAGGGUAGCGUCACCAGAAAUGAUCACAAAAGAAUCCAGUCCACCAACGACUAUCACACAUUCCCCAUCACAACAAGAGCUCUCACCGGGAGUUGACCUAAAGGACAUUAGCUCUGAAGAGGUCUUUGAGGCCCGCUUUAAAAAACGUGAAUCUUCGCUCUCAAGAAGUUUUAAAUUUCUUACACGGUCAAAAAAUGAUGAUAAGCCACCAGCUCCUUCAUCGGACGAUACAGAGACAGGUGAAGAGAUAUACAGACCGAGGCCUGUGGGUGCACCACUGGAAUUAGGGCCAAGGAGACUAGAGGAGAAGUCAAAGUCGGUCCAGGACCUUCGUGAAGCUCAAAAGGACCAAGGCUUUAUGAGAAGGCUCUCUAUGCGUUUGAAGAGAACUCCAUCAACGGAGCACAAGGACGAAAUGACAAAAGAAGAAGAUUCUGUUUCUAGGCGCCGUCUUUCUUGGACUCUUGGCCGAAGAGGUUCUCAGGAAAAGAAAGAAGUAGAGAUGACGCAAAUGGAUGGUGGAGGUGAUAAAUCAGUGGAACAAAAUGAAAAGGAGCUCAAGAAACCUAAUGAAUCUCCAGUAUUGGCAAUGCGCAGGAAGAUUGAAUCAACAGUGGCGGGUAUCUCCACGAGAAUUCGCAGCUACUCAGAGGAAAGGAGAGCAUCAGAUGAAAAGGAACAGAAAAGGACACCCAUUCUUUCUAUGCUUCGUCGUUCAACAUCAGAGAAUCGUGGUAUGAAGGUUCCCAGUGUUCCUCAGAACACGCUGGCAUCUCAGGCUAAUAAUGGUGCAUCAUCAGAGUCUCUAGAUUCCAUGUCCAGCCUGAAAUCGGACACAUCAAAGGGAGUAGAGGGCGAGCGCAGAUCUCGCUGGGACCGAUGGGGCCUGACCAGAGGGAGGCGAGAUAAGACUGUCUCCCAGCCUGACAUACCAUCUGCAAUCUCCAGAGACAACAGUUCUUUACGUUCACGGCAAUACUCUAAACUGGCCUCAGACUUCCCACCAGUGUUCCAUAUCAAGCUGAGAGACCACGUCCUGCUGGAAGGGGACCCAGUGACACUUAGCUGUCUGCCAGCAGGAAGCCCCCACCCACAUAUCACCUGGAUAAAAGAUAAGAAGCCCCUGGUGAUUGAUGCCAGGAUGAAUAUGAUUGCCUGCCCUGAUGGCCGGCAGCUACUGAUGAUCAUGCAGACCACCAAAAAGGAUGCAGGGGUCUACGAAUGUGUUGCUACAAACCCACUGGCCUCUGUGUCCAGCUCUUGCACGAUAUCACUGGCUCGCCUGCCCAAUCGCCCUGGAACCCCAGAGAUUCCUCAGAAGUAUAACAACACAGCCUUGGUGUUGUGGAGGCCCUCAGACACUUUGGCCCCUUGCACCUACUCACUGGAGAGGAGAACAGAGGGGGAAACCAACUGGCUGAUUGUGGCCACUGGUGUGGCAGACUGUUAUUACAAUGUGACCGACCUUCCCGCCAGGGGCUCCUUCAGGUUCAGAGUGGCUUGUGUGAACAAAGCUGGUCAGGGCCCUUACAGCAACUUGUCAGAAGUAGUGAGCUUGGAUGCCUCAGAACCAGCUAAAUCCAGUGCUACUGUGGUGGUCAAGACUGUUCCUGCAACUCCUCCUCCCCCCUCUGUGGUAAUGAUGUCAUCCAUGAAAGUGCCUCCCAUUAAACCAGCCCCGAGUAAAUCUACCCCUGCCCCUGCCUCUACGUCAGUUCCUGCUCCAUCCGUGGCUAAAUCUGUUUCUCCGCUAACCGUUAAGCCUGCUGUACAGACUGAAGUCAGCCGUCCAGCUGUUACUGGGCCCACUGGUACAGCCCCUGCUGAACAGGCUCCUGCUCAGACGUCAGCUGUCCAGGCCACACCAGUCAAAGCCAAGAGCACCUUAAGCGUCAGUAUGAGCAAACCCCAAACAAAGCUAACACCUCCACCUGUCGUCCCACCCAAACCUCAGACUCCUGUACCUGCAGCUACUCCCCUAACCAACAAACCACCUUCUCCUGUAUCACCGCCUACGCCUAUUGGGAAACCAAUUUCGUCCGUGCCAAUGUACGUACCAGCCGCCACCGCUCGAGUCACUCCACCUUCUCAAAGUCCUUCUACCCCGACUACCAGCACACCUGCAGUCACUCCUGUGACUGUUUCCCCAACUGUGGUGGUGGUGCAGAGUCUGACGCCAGUGUUGCAGGGAGUCGACAGCCGCAGUACCCCAUCAGGACGGGUCACCCCAUCAGGACGGGUCACCCCAUCAGGACACAGGGUCACAACUUCGGGACGCAGUACACCAUUGGGCAAGCCUGGCGAGGGAUCUCUGCGCCAGGGAGUCCCACAGAAGCCUUAUACAUUCAUGGAUGAGAAAGCGAGGGGUCGGUUUGGUGUGAUCCGUGAGUGUCGGGAGAAUGCCACAGGCAAUCUUUUCUUGGCUAAGAUUGUCCCGUAUGAAGCAGACAGCAAGCAGGCAGUGCUGCAGGAAUAUGACAUCCUCAAGUCCCUUCAUCACGACAGGAUCAUGGCCCUGCACGAAGCUUAUGUCACACCACGCUAUCUGGUGCUUAUCUCUGAGUACUGCAGUGGGAAGGAGUUGCUCUACAGCCUUAUAGACAGGUUCCGUUACUCAGAGGACGAUGCGGUGACGUACAUUGUGCAGAUCCUCCAAGGUCUGGACUACCUUCAUACCCGACGGAUCCUCCACCUGGACAUUAAGCCGGAGAAUGUCAUUGUCACCUACAUGAACGUCAUAAAGAUCAUCGACUUUGGCUGUGCCCAGACAUACAACCCUCUCUUCCUCAAACAGUUCAGCCCUCCUAUUGGGACACUGGAGUAUAUGUCUCCAGAGAUGUUGAAAGGGGAUGUCGUGGGCCCUCCAGCUGACAUCUGGAGUGUGGGUGUACUGACUUUCAUCAUGUUGAGCGGCAGGACACCUUUUAUGGAAAAUGAUCCUCUGGAGACUGAAGCCAGGAUCCAGGCAGCAAAGUUUGACCUCUCUAAACUCUACCAGAAUGUGUCCCAAAGUGCCUCUCUGUUUCUAAAAAAGAUCCUCUGUAGCUACCCUUGGGCUCGUCCAAGCAUCAAGGACUGCUUCAAUAACUCCUGGCUUCAAGAUGCCUACCUGAUGCGCCUUCGCAGGCAAACUCUCACCUUUACAACUAACCGUCUCAAGGAAUUCUUGGCCGACCAGCAGCGCAGACGAGAGGAGCAGGCCACCAAGCACAAAGUCCUCCUGCGGUCCUACCAGAGCUCGCCACAAACCCCCACUAGCCUCAGCACGCCGUCACCCGCCACACCCGUCACCCACUGAAAACACCCGAGACUGUACGGGGGGGCGUGGACCUUCUCAGUGCAAGGCAAGACUUUGGGCCACAAGGUGGGGUGGUCCCUUCAGGUCUGAGUUGUUGAACUUGGUGAGAAGAAAGAAAACAAAACCAGCAGCGGCUGUGAUCUACAGAGACGUGAUUUCAUUUUUUUCUUUUCUGUUUCAGAAAGAGAAUCUGAAAAUGUGUUUUCAUGCAUAAGGGCACUCAUAUUCCUCUAUGUGCAAGAGCCUGACUGCAUUUCAUAUAGUGAGAACCUUGUUAAUACAAGGCUGGAUGUUGUCUUCAAGUUAGUACCUCGAGGUUUUUUGAAUGAAUGACUUGACACAUUAAUACAGUCCAGUAACUGCCUGAAAAGGCCUGAAGUUGCUGUUACAGAGUAUUAAUGUAAAGAACACAUGUUGGUUUAGGAGAAGUACAAUUAACACAACUCUACAUUUAAAGAAUUCUUAACACAACAUUGUGACAGAGUACUCCACACAACUAAAAGUACAACAACAAACACCUUAGACGUUUGAUCUCAGUACUAUCACAGUUCCAUUUUAAAUGUUUUCUGAUCUGAUAUUGAUAAUCUGAUUUUUUUUUCCUGUCCUCGAUUGACUGCAACUACAGUAGUAAAUUAUGUAAAUAUCCGUAAACCCAUAAAUCUAAUUCAUGUUGAGCUAAACUAGUUGAAUUUGUGCUACAUGACAUUUAGCAAAGCACCAUAGAGAGUGUUCAGACUGUAGCAGCUCCAGAAAGGACUUUUUUUUUUUUUUUAAUUAGAAGAUGUUCAGAAGAUGCAUUGUUGGCUUAUCUACAAGGGCUAUUAGAAUAGAACAAUUUAAAUGUAAACACUAAUCCCUAAUGGGAUUAGACGGGAUCCUCUCAAAAGCCAAAUCGUUUUUUAAAAGUUCUUAUUCUAUUGUCAUCUUCGAGCUUCCAAACAAAGCUAUUCGUCUCCCAGUGAUUAUGUGGACAGAGUAAGUGCGACCCAGCCAGGCUCCUCCACCACAAAUAAUCAAACAGCACUGGCUUCCAUUUCAGCUGACCUCUUCCAUUCAGAGAAGCCGUUUUCAGAGUUUUUGAUAAAAGAUUUCAGAGUCAGUGUACGGGCCGCGCACACAAAUGUUAACCUGACAUUGAAGAUGUGGGUUUAUUCAGGGGACUGGUGGUGAACUAAGCACUACAUAAAGCCUCUGGUGGAACUGGGCUGUGUGUAGAAUAGUGCACCGUUCUAAUUUCAGCUGUCGUUUUCAGCUGCUAAAAGCUGAAGUAGGGUUCAGUCAUUUCUAUAAAGGACAGUUUUGAAAAUGACAUAACGUUUUAUAAAUGUGAAAAGUAACGGUGAUAAUUAGCUUUUACAUGAACUUUUUAUUCCCUUAAUUAAGUGGCUUAUGCCUUUGUCUAACAAGACACUUUACAUCCACGCACACAUUUAAUACAACACUGCAGCCCCUGCAGCCUGUAGAAAGCACAAUGAGUCAACAUAGCUCCAGGGAAUAUUAACUUAUGAAACACUUCAUAUUCCAUGCUCUAUAUACAAGACGUAUUCUAGUAGACAAAGAAGUAUUUCCAAAUACUUUCCCCAAUAACAAAAGUUUACAGUGAUAAUCAGUCAAUGACACAUUCACCAUUUGAUCUAUCCACAUUAUUUUAUAGUAAAUAAAUGGUUAAGUUCAAUAGUUUCAUCUUUCUAUAUUGCCUUUCCAUUUGAGGGCAAAGUCAACUUUCAAUCCAACAUGUGAAACAUGUUUUUGAUGCAACUGGCAGCGAUUCUUAUAAUUAACUAGAAAGCUUUAAACAGACCCUGAUGUGUCUCUUCAGGUCAUCUAAAGCUCGCACAUCAAAACAUGAGAUGCUUUAAUAUGUGUAUUGACUGACGGAGGUUGUUGGUUGUUCUAUGACAUAUAAUUUUAGUAGUUCAGUCUAUUCUAAUGCUAUUGGUAGAUAAACACUGGCCUUUUUUCUGCAGCACUGUGUCUCUUUUUGGCUCAGUAGUUCUCCUAUGCAGAGUAGAAGAUAACUAAUCACAGAAGGAGUUGUUUUAAACCUGAAUGGAAACAUGCAAGUUCAGCAUGACGAUGCUAUGUUGCAUUCAUUUCUAAACGUCUGUGCAAUAUAUUAACUCUGCUCUUUGAUGAUGUUGAAUGAAAGGACGACUGUCAGCAGACAACAGGGUUUGGAAAAUAUUAAACGCUCCAAUUUUUGUAUUAAAAGCCGUAUUUUGUGGAAUGUAUUGCAGUGCUUUGUGAUGAAUAGUAGACCCACAGUCUGUUAAACGAAUGAUUAGCUCUUUAUUUUGAUUACAUGAAUGUGACUGUCCUGUUUGUGUGUGUGUGUGUGUGUGUGUGUGUGUGUGUGUGUGUGUGUGUGUGUGUGUGUUUUGCAAAUUGUUUAUUUAUUGAGAGACUGUAUUUGUUAAAGCUUCUGCUUUUUAUUCGUGACAUUUCUGAAUCUGGCAUGGAAAUGGAGUGACAGGUGUUGAGGUUAUGAACAAUAAAAGAAAUAAAUGACACAUGAAUGGA